AAUUUCUAGAAAGCGUCGAUUUUCUCUGGAAAACGGUUUCGCUUCCCCGACCUUCUCUCCUUCGAGUCAUUCCGCUUCUCUGCGUUUCCUGAGGGACCUCGCAUCUUUCCCCGUCCCAAUUUUUCGUUUCCGCGCGUCGCCCUAUCUCCGCGUUGUCGACCGAAGUACUUUUUCCUCACUUUCUCGGCAGCUUUACCCCCCCGUCCAUCGCUCGCAUGUCGCAAAGCGACAGAAACGGGAGACAAAGAGGUCCGAGGAAAGACGCAGCGACGCGCAGAGUCGUAGCGCGACAAGUAGCGAGCACCUAAGCAGGGGCGCAAAAGUAGAGAGAGAAGCAGAGGAGGGAAGGACGUUUUUUGGAUGCUCGCUGGGCGUUCGUUUUGGGCCUUUUCACACCCUCUUCCAGCAUUUCGUGCAUCGACAGAAUGGCGGGAGCGCCGGCGAACUGGCGAGAAUGCAAAGCCGCGAAAGACCGACAGCGAAAAAAGAAGAAAAAGAGACAAGAUGGCCGCUUUUGGGAUUCCAUCGGUAGACCUCGAUUUGUCAUGGCGCCCAUGGUUGAUGCCAGCGAACUUGCAUUCCGGCUCCUAGGAAGACGGUAUGGCGUCGACCUCGCGUACACUCCGAUGCUGCACAGCCGGCUUUUUCUCGACGACUCCAAGUACCGCGCACUGCACUGGCAGACGCUGCGCUCCUCGCCGAGCUGGACGCAAGCGUCGUGCUCUGAAGAAGAAGACGUCCAAGAAGAAGAAGAAGGAGAAGAAGAAGAAGGAGAAGAAGGAGAACGAGAAGUGUCUGAAGGGGGAAGGUCGCAGUGGACUGGAGACGAGAGUCAAGAGUUUGAUGAGCCUGUCUUUGUGCAGUUUUGCGGAGACUCACCCGCGACCCUCCUAGCCGCCGCCCAGCUCGUCGAAGACGAAGUCGAAGCCGUCGACGUGAACUUCGGGUGUCCACAAGGCAUUGCACGUCGAGGUCACUACGGCGCCUUCCUUCUCAACGAACCGGAGCUUCUCGUAGACAUCGUCUCGACGCUGCACAAACAUCUCAAGACUCCUGUCACUUGUAAAAUGCGAAAAGUAUCUCCGCGAAAUCCAAGAGACGCUUUGCCUCGCUCCGAGGCCGCGCUCGUCCUCGAUGAAGAACGGCGGCUGCAAGACACGCUGAGGCUCUGCGACGCCUUCGAGGCCGCGGGAUGCGCAUGCUUGUGCAUUCACGGGAGAACGAAAGAAGAAAAGGCUGCGUUCGUCGGACCGUGCGAUUGGCUCGCCAUUCGCCAUGUGAAGCAGCGUCUCUCGAUUCCAGUCAUUGCCAACGGAGCGGUCGAAACCUAUGAAGAUGCUCUACGGUGUCUUGAGUUCACAGGAGCGGAUGCGGUGAUGUCUGCGGAGGGGCUUCUGGAUAAUCCCAUGCUUUUUGCUCCCUCGCGUUUCGCGCCCUCCUCCUUUUGCGCGCUUUCGUUUCCGUCGUUCCUCCCCUUUUCUCCAUUCUUGUCGUUCUCCCCCCUCAGAGACAGCCUGCGAGGGCGACUGUCUGCGUCCUCGCGCUUGCAUGCAGUUCCACGCGCCUCUUGCGAGUUUCUGGGACUUUCUCCCGGCCUCCUCCAGAGGUGCCUCGUGAUGCAGGAGUAUCUGGAUCUCUGCAUGCGCUUUCCGCCGCCGCAUCCCAGCUUUGUCAAGUCUCACCUUUUUCGGUGUCUUCAUCCCGUCCUGGCGGAACACGAAGAGCUGCGGAACUCCUUGGGGAAGGCAGUGGAGUACACCGAGUUCAGCGCGAUCGUGGACGCAGCGACCGCGCAUGUGAAGGAAAGGGAGUUCUCUCGUUGGGCUGCGAAGCCUCACGAGGGGGGCAGAGGAGAGACAGGGAGGAGACACGAAGAAACGCACACAGGAGACAGCCAAGAAGCGCCGCAUCCCACCUGGUACAGGCGACACAGAACAAACCUCGCAAGAGCGCAAAAAAAGGAAACAGAAACCAAAGAGGUGCCUCUCUGGGAGCCUAGCGAAGAGGGCGCAGAUGGAGAUGUUUUUUCGAAUCUUUUCUUCGCCUAGAAGCGUCUUCAGUCGGCACUGUCGGAUCGACUCUGAGGUCGGCAGAUAGCUCUCACCUGACGAACUCCUGUUCGGCUACACAGCAGAGAAAACACCCUUUUUAGCAAGCGUCACCGCUUAGGAACGGAUGCUGUUUUCUUCCUCAUUCCAGAAGUAUGCGUAUAUGUAUAUAUAGUUCUACCUAUCUAUCUAUCCGUAUAUAUAUAUAUAUAUAUAUAUAUAAAAUAUACUAACAUGCACGUAUGAAAAGUCUUCGUUUUCCUUUUUUUCUGGGAGAAUAUGAAUAAUGAACUGUAUCGUUGAAUGUAUUUUAUGAAUUUAUAUUUGUGAAUCUGUAUCUAUUUAUAAAUACAGAUUCAUACGUACAUACGAUUGCAUUUGAAUUUGUAAAUAUCCCCGUACUUUUCCAACAGAAACUCUCUCUUCCUGGUCUGCUCUGAGCUUAGCCU